AUGUCUUUUGCAGCGGUCAAUUUUCUCAAGCGCGAGAUUGAGGAUCUUCUAACCUCUCAUGGGAAUUCGCUUGCUGCUCCAUCUCGGGAAAUCUUGCAAUUCGCAAUCAAAGAAAUGGAUUCCUUGCAACAAAUCACCAAAAGAUUUAUACCUUGGAGCAGAGCAGAUACUACAUUCAAAUAUGAAGUAUCUAGGUUAAAUAAUGAGGUCAAACAAAUUGCGGAACAAUCUGAAGAGCAGAUUAUACAGAAAAUAAAUCAAGGAUUGGUUCAAUUGAAAUCGAUGGGGGAGAAAUACGUCCAACAAUUGUACAACUCUCCGCCCAAGGAGGAUGAAGAAGAUGAAGGUGAUGUUCAUUGCGCUGAAAAGAUGGUCGGAUUAGUUUACGAUUUCAAUAAACUCAAACAUAGGCUCAGAAUCAGUUGGUUGAAGAGCACGCAGGUAACUGCCCUAGUUGGGAUGGCUGGCAUCGGCAAAACUUCUCUUGCUAGUAAGCUUCUCGAUGAUCCGAAAAUGGAGGAACACUUCGACUGUCGUGUGUGGGUGACAGUAGGCAAAGAAUGCCGAUUCAAGGAGAUUCCAAGGCGAAUUCUGGCAGAGUUGAAUGGUGAGACCGUUGUGGAAGGAGAUGAAGAUGUAAUAGCUAUGCGGUUGAAAGAGAGUUUGAAGGAUAAGAGAUACCUCAUUGUGCUGGAUGAUGUGUGGGACAGAUACAUGAUGUAUCACCUGCAUCCUUCGUUUCGAUACGAGAGAAAUGAACUGAAAAGUUCUCUACACGACGAGACAAAUGGAAGCCAAGUCAUCUUCACUACAAGGCUGCAGCAGUUGGAUGAUUAUGGUUCUAGGCUUUCCACGGAUGGGAUGAGGGUGAGAUUGUUGAACGAUGAAGAAAGUUGGGAUCUUCUCCGUGAGAAGGUGUUUGGUGAAGAGCCGUGCUCUUUCCAACUCGAGAAGAUUGGGAAGAAAAUCGCAAAGAAAUGUGAUGGAUUACCUCUCAUGAUUGUCGCGGUUGCUAACCUGUUAGCCGAAGAGGAGAAGACUGUGGAAUGCUGGGGUGAGAUUGCAGCUCAUAAGAAUCAUCCUAUUUUCAUGGAUGCAUAUGAUGAUAUAUCAAAGGUGUUACUUCCAAGUUACAAGUACUUACCUCGCCUUCUGCAAAUGUGUUUUCUCUACAUGGGAGUUUUCCCUCGGAAUUAUCACCUAUCACGAUCCAAGCUCAUGAACAUGUGGAGUGUAGACGGAUUUCUUGAAGAAAAUGCAGAUGAAUCUCUAUAUCCUACUGCAGAGAAGUGUUUGGAUGAGCUUGUUUCAAAUAGCCUUGUCAUGGUCCACCAAACCACCCUAGAUGAUUCCGGGCGACUAGGCGCUAAACAGAUUAAAAAGUGUGGUCUGCAUUCUUCUCUAUGGCACUUGUCUAACCAAGAAGCUACUAAGAUCAAGUUUUCAUAUGUCUUGAAAACUAGCAAUGAUGCUUUCGAUGAAGGAGUUGAAAGCCAAUGCAGGCUAUCCUUCCACAACAACAUUCUAUUUGGCAUCAGAGAAGUGUGUGAAUCAGUGGAGGAGAAGUGUGCAUCAACUGUACAUUCCCUCCUGUGUUAUGGGCCAUAUCAGAAAUACCAAGUGCCAAUAUGUUCUGGUUUGGGAUUGCUUCGGAAACUUGAUGCUCUUACAAUCCGUUUCUACGAGUUCCCAAUGGAGGUUCUGGAAUUAGUUCAACUAAGAUACCUAGCCCUCACUUUGAACAGGGAGCUCCCUUCUUCGAUAUCCCAACUCUCAAGCCUUGAGUUCUUGAUUGUCCAUCAACAUUUGAGCAUCAAGUCCAGUGAAGGCCCGUUGCACCUGCCUAAGGAGAUAUGGGAUAUGAAGGAACUGAAGCAACUUCAGGUCAUUGGCAGUGACUUGCCAGAUCCUUGCGGCGCUUCCUUGGAAAGCUUGUUGAUUCUUUCAGGUGUAAGUGCUGAGAGUUGCAAUGAGGCCGUUUUAAGAUCAGUUCCUAAUCUGAAGAAAUUAGGAAUCCAGAUUAGUUUGGAAGAUGAUGAUAUUGGUAGCCCCUUAAGCGUGUUUGAUCAUAUUCCCCAUCUCACCAACCUAAGAUCACUCAAAUGUGUCAUAACAAAUCCUGAGGUGGUUGUUCCCGUGCUCGCUCCAAUGUCCAUUUUCCCGCGAAAUUUGACAAAGUUGAGCUUGAGCGGGAUGGGCUAUCCCUGGAAAGAAACGAGCAAGAUUUCUUCACUGCCGUGCCUUCAGGUGCUCAAAUUGCGAAGCUAUGCUUUUCAAGGUCCAGAGUGGGAAGUAGAAGAGGGUGCAUUCAGUUUUCUUACAUUUCUUAUUAUUGAAGACACUGAUCUGGAGGACUGGAAAAUCGGACGGGGAAGCUUUGAUGACCUUGAAACACUGACCAUGAAACACUGUUACAAUCUGGAAAGGAUUCAUGGGGAAUUUGGAGGCUUUCUUGGAGGGAUUAAGCUAAUCGACUGCGAUCCUUCAUGUGCAGAGCAGAUGAAGAAGGCUACUCAAGAUUGGAAAGUAGAUGUUCAUUCUUCAUGGGAUGACAAGAAAUGA